GCUGCGGAGGGAGGGGGCGGCCCGGCCCGGCCCAGCUCUGCCCCCGGCCGGCCCGACCCCGGCCCCGGCCCCCGGACAAGCCCUUAUCUGAUCCCAGCUCCGGGUUUAAGAGUCCUGGCCCAGCCCGUCGCACGGCUCCGCUCUUCACUCCUGCCCUCCCCGUGUCCGUCCAUCUGUCCCGCUGCCCCGCAGCCCAUCCGAGGGACCACUCCACUUUCAACCCAAGAUGACAUCAGUUGCCAAGGUGUAUUACAGCCAGACCACUCAGACAGAAAGCCGGCCCCUAGUGGGCCCACCGAUACGACGGCGGAGAGUCCUCACGAAAGAUGGCCGCAGCAAUGUGAGAAUGGAACACAUUGCUGACAAGCGCUUCCUCUACCUCAAGGACUUAUGGACAACCUUUAUYGACAUGCAGUGGCGCUACAAGCUCCUGCUCUUCUCUGCAACCUUUGCAGGCACCUGGUUCCUCUUUGGUGUUGUGUGGUAUCUGGUGGCUGUGGCCCAUGGGGACCUGCUGGAGCUGGGCCCCCCUGCCAACCACACCCCUUGUGUGGUACAGGUGCACACACUCACUGGAGCCUUCCUCUUCUCCCUUGAAUCCCAGACCACUAUUGGCUAUGGCUUCCGCUACAUCAGUGAGGAGUGCCCACUGGCCAUCGUGCUUCUUAUUGCCCAGCUGGUGCUCACCACCAUCUUGGAAAUCUUUAUCACAGGUACUUUCCUGGCAAAGAUUGCCCGGCCUAAGAAGCGUGCGGAGACCAUCCGUUUCAGCCAGCAUGCAGUUGUAGCCUCACACAAUGGGAAGCCCUGCCUUAUGAUCCGGGUUGCCAAUAUGCGUAAGAGCCUUCUCAUUGGCUGCCAGGUGACAGGAAAACUGCUUCAGACUCAUCAAACGAAGGAGGGUGAGAACAUUCGGCUCAAUCAAGUCAAUGUUACUUUCCAAGUAGACACAGCCUCGGACAGUCCCUUCCUCAUUCUGCCCCUUACCUUCUACCAUGUGGUAGAUGAGACCAGUCCCUUGAAAGAUCUCCCCCUUCGCAGUGGUGAAGGUGACUUUGAGCUGGUGCUGAUCCUAAGUGGUACAGUGGAGUCCACAAGUGCCACCUGCCAGGUGCGCACUUCCUACCUGCCGGAGGAGAUCCUUUGGGGCUAUGAAUUCACACCUGCCAUCUCACUGUCGGCCAGUGGCAAAUACAUAGCUGACUUCAGCCUUUUUGACCAGGUUGUGAAAGUGGCCUCUCCUAGUGGCCUCCGUGACAGCACUGUACGCUAUGGAGAUCCUGAAAAGCUCAAGUUGGAGGAGUCAUUAAGGGAGCAAGCUGAGAAGGAGGGCAGUGCCCUAAGCGUGCGCAUCAGCAAUGUCUGAGGGCCUGUUUCCACCUUCCCAGCCCUCUGGCCUCUUUUCCUCUCUUUUGAAGCCCUGGGCAAGGGAUACUACCUGGGGUCACUGGAGAGUUCCAGAAGCAUACAUCCUCCAUUCUCCCUUCUUUAACCCAGAGGCCUUUGGAAGUCUGAACCAACUGGAGUUCAAGUUUUCCUCCCUUUGUCUCCCCCACCUCCCCCUGCUUCUACCCCAAUGCACACAACUCCCUUAUGCCAGGAUGGGUGAAGGAGAGGGAAGAUUCGGCUGGAGUGGCUUAAAAGGCCUCAGCCAUGCUUGGAGACUUACUUUAGAAGGAACAUGUGGUUGGAUGGAUAGACUGUGCCUUCCUUCUGCCACCAUAAGUGUUUGGUGACUCUCCAUCUCCAUUUCUAUGUAGCCAGUUCCUUAAGGAAAGGUUUUCUCUAAUGGUCACCUUGUAGUCUGUGCUCAGAAAUACAGGAACCUGAAAUCAGUAUAUCUUGGGGAUUCUACCAACCCUUGUUGAAAGCAACUAAAAUUUGUCAUGAUGUAUCUAAUUUUUGUUGGUAACUUCUGGUCAUAACCUGGGUCCUUGGAUACUACCAUUUCCCCCUUUCUAUUCUCAAGUGGACAUUCUCAGGAUAACCAGUUCUCUCAUAGCUUCUGUCCCCCAGAGAAUCAGUAUUAACUGGAGAAACAUAUAGUCAUGACCAACAUACUUGCACCCAUUCUGGAUUCUAAAUCUUCAGUUUUGGAGCUGUUGUCCAAAACUUUGAACGCAUCCUCCAGGCAGCCCUGGUAAAAUUUGUUUCCCUGUGUUCUCUGAAUGGGAGGAUCCUCGCC